AUGGCCUUUCCCAGUAGCAAUGGCUUCGGGCCCUUGUGGUCCUCCGAGACUCCCUCCGAACCGCUGAAAGUGGCGGUCGAAGGCCAUCCAAAGGGCCGAAGCGAAGCUGCGGCUCUCAACCCCAUCGGCCCACCUUCCAGCGCCGCAGUUCACUUUGACGGUGCAGAGCCCGAGGUAGAGGCUUCGCGCCUUGCUGCUUCAGCACCUGAAGACAAGGGCUCCCUCGAGCGACGAGUUGUAGCACUGGAAGAGGAGAACCGCAUGCUCCGAGCUGCGCUGGCUUCACUUCGUGAGAUUGGUACCAGUGUGCUGCGGAGCCUGACGGUUGACAAUCCACAGGCUUCGGACCACGCUGGCACUGCUGCACCUGCGGCAGCAGCGGCUGGAAAGCCGGCACCUGUGGUCCCGGCCUUGCCAGAUACAGGACCGGCGAAGGCGGCAGUGACUUCCGUUGCGGCCGAAAGCCAGACGCCGGUGACCUUCAGCUUCAGCAUACGCAAGGCAGACAACACGGACCUAGGCCUCGACGUGGCAUCGGAACGGAAUCAGCCUGGUCUCCUCGUAGAGGCGAUCCUGCCCGGGGGCGCCGCCGAGGCUUGGAACAAGCAGCAGGACCCCGGCAGCAGUUCUGCCCGAGACCUGCGACCCGGGGACACAAUCCUCAGGGUUAACGCAGCCGAAGAUCCAGAGAUCAUGCUCAAGGAGUGCCGGAACAAGCAGCUAUUGAAGCUUGUGGUAAGGCGCGCAGCUUCCACGGAAAAGCCCCCAGCUGCUCCUGAGCCGGCGCCAGAGAAAGUUGUGACGUACUCUCCGGCCCUGACUGCGACCACCGCCGACUCCGAGCGUACCCCCCCGGCGACUGCCUGGUCGAGUCCCAUGUGGCUGCCAACACCCGCUUGCCUGGAUGAACGCCCAGCGAGUGCUUCGGCAAAUCGGCGGGUUCUUGUGAUAUAA